AUGAGUCAUAUGACCGUGAAAAAGGACAUGAACGAAAAGGGAUGUCGAACAAAAGAUUCCCCUGGCAAACUUCAAAAAGAAGAAAGCAGGGGAUCAACACCGAUUUCUCCGUUACGUAUGCCUGACCUGCCAUUGCCAACACCACCUCCGAUGGCUAAUAUAAUGAUGACCUCCAGAAUAGGCUACAGACGGAUCUUGGGUAAUAGAGGGCCAGAAUACAGAUCGCCUAUUUUAGGCCAUAGAAGCCACAGUAUGGAGUUUGGCAGCAGAAGUCCUAGUUUUUAUGGAAAUUUGCCUAACCCUCCUAUUCUGGAUAGUAUGAGGCAAGAUUAUUAUGCUUCUAGAGAUUCGAUUGAGGCGAAGGCAAAAAAUGUUGAAGCUCAGGUUAGAAGUCAGACUUUGGAUAGUAGAAGACAAGUUUUUAGGGAAAAAAGGGCCAGUACCGUAGAGUUUGCUUCGCCUAUGAUGGCUAGAGCCUACUUAAGUGAACGUGAGAAGCUUGGACGAGAUAGGAGGCUGGAAGCUGUGGGACAUCAAGCUAUGCUCACUGAUCAGCUGGGUCUGUCACCUCUUCCGAGGCAUCGAAACUUUGAAAUCCUCAAUAAGCGCCUUGAAGAUUUUAGUGAUUAUCCUAUAUACCCUCACCUCUAUAACAUCAAAUCUCCUGACCCCAAAAUAACUCAGGAGCAUAAGAGCAAGUAUUUAUCCAGAGACUCUCUGCUGUCUUCUGAGCUUGAAGAGGUCAGAACUCUUAAUAAGGAACUAGAGAGGAAAUAUGUGCUAGAUAAUGCUGAACAAAACAUUAGCAGAAUCUUAGGUGGAAGUAACAGUGAGACUAGUCCAGAAUAUUAUAACGUUUUUAUGAAUGAACACUAUAUAAGCGAUAUUGAUGAGAAUGAGGAGAUUAAGGAGUUUGCUUGUGGCUACAAGACUCCUCCAGAAAGAAGGUUGGUGUUGUUAAUGAUUUUUUUUUAUUUUAUUAAUGCAAUUGUGUUUCUUUUAGGUAUUCGGAUCAAACAGACCGCCAUCUGCAGAAAAGUGCAUCAACCUUUAGCUUCUACACGUAUCAACCAGCUACGCUACCUUCGAGCUUUAAAAAGCCAAAAAAGUGUUCUAAAAAAGCAAAUAAAGGUCCUGUCACAUCAAACACCAGUUCUAAAAGUGUUCUAAAAUCAACAAAAAGCCCGAAGCUAUCCAGAGCUACCAGUGAAGAUCUGCUAGUAUCACAGCCGAAGAAAAUUCUAAAAAAUACUUCCAUAUCAAACCUAAAUGAAUCAAAGUCACUAGUGACCGCCGCGUUUACGAUAGCCAGUGCAACUUUACCGACUUCUGGUGUUCAUUCACGCUACAGCGGUAGCGUUUCUUCUAUGAAAUCUAGUGACUAUUAUACCUUUAUGCCUGUGGUGACAUCUAGUGCUAAAAAAGUGGAAUUCAGCGGUGAUUCAACUGGCAAAGUGAUCAAAAGUCCCCAGAGAACCGUGGUAAA